AAAACAUUGUAUGGGGGAACAAAGCUGUUCCUCGUGGGCGGAGUUGUGCUCUCUGGUAGCAGGAAUCUUGGUUCGCCCCUGGGUAGAAGCUGGGAUUAGAGAAGCAGCGAGGCAGACUGUCUUCGGACAUACACUGACUGCCUGUCAUGUCUCACGGGAUACUUUCUCCGCCGGCGGGCUUACUCUCUGAUGAGGAUGUUGUAGACUCUCCCGUGUUAGAAUCUACAGCUGCAGAUCUGAGGUCUGUGGUCCGAAAGGACCUGUUGUCAGACUGCUCUGUCAUCUCCGCCUCUCUGGAGGACAAACAGGCUCCAUUGGAGGACACUGCAGAAAAGAUGAAAGUUUACCUUCGAAUCAGACCAUUCUUAACUUCUGAGUUGGACCGACAGGAAGAUCAGGGCUGUGUCUGUAUUGAGAAUACAGAAACCCUCCUGCUACAGGCACCCAAAGACUCCUUUGCCUUGAAGAGUAAUGAGAGGGGAAUUGGUCAGGCCACUCACAAAUUCACCUUUUCCCAGAUAUUUGGGCCAGAAGUGGGACAGGUGUCCUUCUUCAACCUGACCAUGAAGGAGAUGGUGAAAGAUGUACUCAAAGGGCAGAACUGGCUCAUAUACACCUAUGGAGUCACCAACUCGGGGAAAACCUACACAAUUCAAGGUACUAGUAAGGAUGCAGGGAUCCUGCCCCAGUCCCUGGCUCUCAUCUUUAAUAGUCUCCAAGGACAACUUCAUCCAACACCUGAUCUGAAGCCCUUGUUGUCCAAUGAGGUAAUCUGGCUAGACAGCAAGCAGAUUCGACAGGAGGAAAUAAAGAAGCUAUCCUUGCUAAUUGGAGGCCUCCAAGAGGAGGAGCUGUCUACCUCUUUGAAGAAACGUGUCCACACUGAAAGUCGGAUAGGUGCCAGCAACAGCUUUGACAGCGGUGUUGCUGGGCUGUCUUCCACCAGUCAGUUCACCAGCAGUAGCCAGCUAGAUGAAACAAGUCAGUUAUGGGCACAGCCAGACACUGUCCCAGUAAGUGUUCCAGAAGACAUUCGCUUCUCUGUGUGGGUCUCCUUCUUUGAGAUCUACAAUGAAUUGCUUUAUGACCUGCUAGAACCACCUAGCCAUCAGCAUAAGAGACAGACACUGCGGCUGUGUGAGGAUCAGAACGGCAAUCCUUACGUGAAAGACCUCAAUUGGAUUCAUGUUCGUGAUGUUGAAGAAGCCUGGAAACUUUUGAAAGUGGGUCGUAAGAACCAGAGCUUUGCCAGCACCCACAUGAACCAACACUCUAGCCGCAGUCACAGCAUCUUCUCCAUCAGAAUCUUGCACCUUCAGGGAGAAGGGGAUAUAGUGCCCAAGAUCAGUGAACUGUCACUCUGUGAUCUGGCUGGCUCAGAGCGCUGCAAACAUCAAAAAAGUGGUGAGCGGCUAAAGGAGGCAGGAAACAUUAACACCUCUCUGCAUACCCUGGGCCGCUGUAUUGCUGCCCUGCGACAGAAUCAACAGAACCGGUCCAAGCAGAACCUGAUUCCUUUCCGUGACAGCAAGUUGACUCGUGUGUUCCAAGGCUUCUUCACAGGGCGAGGUCGCUCCUGUAUGAUUGUCAAUGUGAACCCCUGUGCGUCUACUUACGACGAGACUCUUCAUGCAGCCAAAUUCUCAGCCCUGGCCAGCCAGCUUGUGCAUGCCCCACCUGUGCACCUCGGAAUCCCAUCCCUGCAUUCAUUCAUCAAGGAGCACAGUCUUCAGGUGUCCCCUGGCUUAAAGAAAGAGGGCAAAGUGGACUCAGAACUUGAGGACAGUCCUGAAGACGAGGCUGACAUCUCCAUGUAUGGCAAGGAGGAGCUACUACAGGUCGUGGAAGCCAUGAAAGCACUACUCUUAAAAGAACGACAAGAAAAGCUGCAGCUGGAGAUACAGCUCCGGGAGGAAAUUUGCAACGAGAUGGUGGAACAGAUGCAGCAACGGGAGCAGUGGUGCAGUGAGCGUUUGGACACUCAAAAGGAACUGUUGGAGGAACUGUACGAGGAGAAGCUAACGAUCCUGAAGGAAUCACUGACAACUUUCUACCAAGAACAGAUUCAGGAGCGAGAUGGAAAAAUUGAAGAGCUAGAAACUCUCUUGCAGGAAGCCAAACAGCAGCCAGUGGCACAACAGUCAGGGGGGUGUGAAUUGUCCCUCCGUCGGUCACAAAGGUUGGCAGCUUCUGCCUCCACUCAGCAGUUCCAGGAAGUUAAAGCUGAACUAGAGCAAUGCAAAACAGAGUUAAGCUCUACCACUGAAGAGCUACAGAAGUAUCAGCAAAUGUUAAAACCACCACCCACAGCCAAGCCUUUCAUCAUUGAUGUGGAUAAGAAGUUAGAGGAGGGCCAGAAGAAUAUAAGGCUGCUACGGGCAGAGCUCCGGGAACUAGGGCAAUCUCUACAGUCGGCAGAAAGAGCCUGUUGCCACAGCACCGAAGCAGGGAAACUUCGUCAAGCAUUAACCAACUGCGAUGACAUUUUAAUCAAACAGAACCAGACCCUGGCUGAGCUGCAGAACAACAUGAUGCUGGUGAGACUGGACCUUCAGAAGAAGGCAGCCUGCAUCGCUGAGCAGUACCACACGGUGCUGAAGCUCCAAGGCCAAGCUUCUGCCAAAAAGCGGCUGGGAGCAAACCAGGAAAACCAGCAGCCAAAUCAUCAACCCCCAGGAAAGAAACCAUUCCUGCGAAACUUACUUCCCCGAACACCUACCUGCCAAAGCUCAACAGACAGCGGCCCUUAUGCACGGAUCUUGCGCUCACGGCACUCUCCUUUACUCAAAUCUCCCUUUGGCAAAAAAUACUAACGUUGUGGGGAUGAAGAUGCAUGUGUUUCCCUGAGGCUGGUCAGCUGCUUAGCUGAUAAGUCUCUUUGUAAGCUUCAGCAUAUACCCAGAACUGUAUUCAGAAUUACUGUAUUAUAAUCACUUAUUAUAAUCUUGAGUUUUUUCAUGCACAAAUAUUAUAUGAAAUAAAGACAUUGUUUAUGCUUUUA